AUGAAUGAAUCACAAUUUGAUCACAAGGAUACCUUCACAUUUCCAAAAUUAAACGACAGAUCCAGAAUCUCAAGACUUUUAAUGGUCAACGAUUCAAUCAUCCAGAGAAAGAAACAUAACCAUGGAACAAAUUCAUGGAAAUAUGAUGGGAUUCUCAAGAUUCAUUUGGUCGCUUUGAAGCUCCAUGGCCAAGCUCUUUUUGAGUAUCAUUUGCGCAAAUCUUUGUACGAGCAUUUACAUCGUGAUCAUUUAGAGAACCUCGAGGAUCUUUUCAAGAUAUUAACCUCAACUUCCUUUGCAAAAGUGGCUCUAGAUUCAGCCGAUGUCUUCAAUGGAAUCAUACAAGAUAAUAGCUACAUUGAAUACUUGAUCCAAAGUUCUGACAAAGGCUUGGCGAUGAGUCAAUUUGGCCAGUACGUAUCUGCACUUGAUUUACAAGACAGCGAAAUUAUACCCCGAUGGACGGACAAUAUUUCCAGGCUUUUUGCCCAAUUAUUCGACACUCUUCGAGUGGAAGACAUAAAUCCUUUCAUUCGUGAGCUUGAUAGACAAGUUCAUAGCCACCGGUUUUCGUUGACUGAAGCAAGGAACAAGAAACGAUUUGAGGAACUUGAGCUUCAUUUCGGAAAAGGUCAACCAGUUCAAGAACCAGUACAUGAACCAGCUCAACUUCGACAAUUGCAUGCGUACCAAAAAUAUGUCGUUGAUCUGUUCCUUCUCAACGAGAGACUUCCUUCGUUCAUUGAAAAAAGGCACGAUAUGUUGAGAUUUCUUGAAGAUAGUGUUUCCGCUCCCAAUUUCAACUAUGCCAUGCUCCAGUCCAUUGGAAAUAUGAGUGCAUUCAGACAAGUUUUAGAGCAAGCUUGGGGAGGUAGCUACCGACCAUUUGAUGCAAAAAUACCACAUCUCAACUAUGAGGUAUCAGAACUCAAAUCUGGACCAGGGCUAUAUUGUUGGAACCAAGAGCUAUGCUUGCCUCGUGCCGAAUCCACCCUGCUUCAUAAACUAUUGCUAGUGAACUACUUUUUAUCGCGAGAGUUCUUCAAGUCCAUGGGAAUCCGGUCAAAAAAUGUCCAUACAUAUCCUGACAUCUGUACGAAGUUUGGUACCAUGGGUGGUGACUAUUACAACUAUUUGGUGGUGAAACAUGUGGAACACUAUUUCCAAGGCGAGUCCGCCGAUUCCAUAAUUGCCUUGCUCCAAGAUCGACAGUUUAUGGCUAUAAUUUGUUCCUUCUCAGAAUUACUAUACCACCCGAUCGAGCUGGACCACUACACAAGUUCAAUGGAACAGCAUGUAACCAACAACUACUAUAAUUUGCGGUACAGUUCUCAAAGCUUUCGACAAUACAUCGGACUGAUAAGCCACCAGAAUCCUAGUUUGGUUGACUCAUGGGUCGAGAAAAUCGUCACGAGCUUGUACAACCACGAGGGAGACGUCGAUACAAAGAUUAGACAUUUGACUCAUUUCAUCGAACAGCGCUUCGAAAUGAUUGCAUCUGAUUAA